CGCGCAUGAGGGGCGAGUCCGGCAACGCCGAGGACGGAGGCGCGCGACGCGAGGUGUUCGAGGUGAUGUGCGAGGCGUGCUGCCACGAGGGCCUCGUCGACGUCGCGCUGGAGGUUUUCGACGACGUCAAGGCGUACGACGUUCGGGUGAGCAAGGUGACGCUCGCGUUUUUGGAGGCGUGCUGUCGCAGGUCCAAGGUUCCGGAGUGGCGCGUGUUCGACGUGUGCGCUCAGCUCCGGCAUCAGGUGACGGCCAAGAAGCAGGCCAGGCUGGCGGCUCAGAUGCCGGCCAAGUCGAGGUCGCACCACGUCUACGGCGUCGUGGACAGCGCGGAUUCCUCCGACGAGGACGACGUCGACGAGUCAAUACCCCCGGCCACCAUCACCACCUCCUCCUCCUCAUCCUCCGCCACCGCCGCCUUCGUCCAGGACGACGUCGGCGGCGAGCGCAGGCGGCGCAAGGACGUAGAGGACAAGUGGGAGCGGGCUCGGCGGGAGCGGAGCAGGGAUCGCGCGAGGGGGGCAAGCGCGGAUUCGGGCGGCGGGGAAAAUUUGGACCUCGCGUGGCUCAAGUUCGACGAUCCGUACGGGGACGAUCCGUACGGGGACUACGACUCGCGUGACCGGCGGGCGGGCGGGGAGGAGGAGAUGGAUCCCCUGCAGGCUGAGCUUCGCACCGAGGGGUUGGGAAGAGGUAACAGGCAAGACCCAUCGUAGCCAGAUGAAGCAUUUUUUAACGAAGCAAGCAAGCAAGC